AUGCCUAGCAAGAAGGCCAAGAUCCUCUUCCUCACAGCGCAACACGGCCAAGCCAACGUCCAUCUCGCCGUCAUCGCCGCCCUCCAAUCCGGCCUUCCCCUUCCGCUGGCUCCGGACCUCUCCAACAUCGAGCUCGACCUCCACCUCGCCUCCUUCCCACACUUGGCAAAGAGAGUCCCCACCGGCGUUACAUGGUGGGAGAUUGAAGGGAAAGGGUUUGCGCAGAGGUUUGAAGAAGAGUUUGGCAAGGCGGAGGGUGAUCGAAGAGCAUUUGACCUUCUGUCUUACUCUACCGGAUUCCUCUCUUCCCUCUAUGCCUACACUCAAAUCCUCCCCGUCGUCCACCCCGAAACCCCUUCCCAAUACCUCACCUCCUGCCUCUCCCUCGAAAACAUCCUGACCACCCUCUCCCCAGACUUGGUCGUGGUCGACCAGCUCUUUGCUGUCGCUAGAGACGUACUCGGAAAAGGCGACUGGAAAUGGAUAAGACUCUCGCCGAAUACGAUCAAAGAAGUCGCCGUAGUAGAACAAGGACUCGGCAUCUUUCGCUGGCCCGCUCUUUGUACCGGCCUCCCAUACCCCGUUCCUUACUCCCUCCUCCCCCUCAACAUCAUCUCUACUCUGUUUCCCCUCUUCCACAACCCCCUCAACCCCCUCUUGCGUGCGUUCAACACCGCCCGCCAUUCUGCGGGGUACAAAGGCCAGUUCCCCCUGCUUCACCCUGGUGAACCCACAGGUCGGCACAGCCGUGUCAUCUGUAUGUCCACACCCGGUUCCGAGAUUGAUGCUGUCUACCCGGGGAAGGAUAAAGUGGUCUGUGCUGGUCCUAUAUUGCUACCGGUCAGGCCUUUGGCAGAAGCUGAUCCCGAACUGCUCGAAUGGCUUGGUCCCUCCCAAUUAGUACUCAUCAACCUCGGCACCCACUUUCUCCAAACCUCCUCUUUCGCCAACGCCAUCCUCCACUCCAUCCUCACCCUCCUCACCCUCCGACCCGACUUGAAAGUCCUCUGGAAACUAUGCAAGUAUGGCGAAUACGAUAUCGACCUCUCCCUUCUCGGGGAUGUGUUGGGUAAGAGGGUGAGGGUGGUGGAAUGGUUGGAUGCAGAGCCGGGGAGUAUACUUCAUACUGGGAAGGUGGCGUGUUUUGUGAAUCAUGGGGGCUCGAAUUCGUAUCAUGAUGGACUUGCGGCGGGGGUACCACAGAUCAUCCUAUCAGCAUGGUUUGAUUGCCACGAUUUUUCGACGAGGGUGGAACAUUUGGGUAAUGGAGUCUGGGGUAACAAGCAUGCUGCGUGA